CUGACAAUUUAACCCAAGCCAAAACUGAAAUAAUUACUUUAUUAGAGCAAAAAGUUGGAGAAAAUAAUUUAAAAGAAUAUAUUAGCGAGGCCAAUACUCUAGCAGAACUAAAAGAAAGAGAAAAAAAUAUUUUGGCUGUUAUUAAAAAGUUAAUUGAAGGAAUUCCACCUUCUCAAAUUAACCACAUAUUAAAAUAG